GUGAAGUAGCGCCCAGAGUCAGAAUCUAGUGCUGGCCAUCGACUCGAUCUCCACUCGUAAAAGUGGAUCCGAGUGACGUCCGCACACUAGCAGACCGGCUCUGGAGACACACCCCAGCACUUGCCGCACACCCUCAGACUACGCCCAUACCUCAAUGUAUGGACGCCUCAUUGGGCGCUUACAAAUACACCUACAGAUCAAAAUGGACCAUGUGUACUCUACCCUGGCAACCCGACUUCAUGUCCCGAACUAAAUAUGUACCCUAUAACAGCACAUCACCAGCACAACCCACCAAUGACCCCAGCACUUGUCAUUGUACCGGCUGUCAUUGCCUCAGCAGGUGCGGAUUACCUUUGUAUCGAGCCCGAUACACUGACCAGCCAGGCACAAAUGUGCAGACUCAAGUACUCCAAAGUAACUGGUCAGCAACGCACCGCAGGUGACCCAAGACUUACAAACUGCUCGCGUAUCACCUGCAAACCCUACCCGGUGACCCCAGCAAGUACAAACUUACCGGUUGUCACGCCCCACCUGGUGCGGAUUACAUUCUGACUAGUCAUGCACCACUGUGCAACUCGAGUACUUCAAGACUAAUCAGCAACGCAUCACAGGUAUCCCCCAACUGUACAACAACUGUUUACUUCAUUUCAAAUAAACCCGGUGACCCUAGCUGAUAAUUGUGCUAUUAGAUCACACUCCAUCUGUGCGAAUUACCUACGUAUCAUUGACGCAAUCUAACUAGUGCCAACGAUACACUGACCAGACUUGCACAACCGUGCAAACUCGAGUACUUUUAAAUUUGUCUGGCCAGCAACGCACCGGAGACGCUCUAUUAUAAACCGUGCAAAAAAAGCACAGAAGGAGCAUCCCCAAACCCCACCACGUCCCAAGUGCUUUCACACUAAAGGGACAUCUCAUAAUUCUCCGCUAGAUGACCCAAGUGCCAAAGCACUAGUGUGUCACCUACUAAUUCCACUUCCCAACAAAAUCUUCAACCCUGAAACUCCCUUGUUUUGUCACCCUAUUUCUGCAACCACUUCCACAUUCUGUAUCCUUGUUUAUUUUUUAUCUUUUCCAUUUUCCGUUCCAAUUCUCCCUCCACCAUCACAUAUUUAUAAAUUAAUUUGGCUAAUGUUAAGCCUUUUCCUUUAGAUUAUAAUCACUUGUGUGUCUUCAUUGUUUUGCUUCCUUUGCUUCUUCUUAUACUUACUUUUUUUCUGCUACCAAUUUCUGUCUCAGUCCUCUAAAUUGAGGUUAUUUAAUAACAUCCAGAUAAGUAUUCAACCUGAUUCCCCAGAUGUAACUUCAUUCAUUGAUUUAACCCCCAGGAGUGAGUGACAAUUGCUAAGAAUGUAUUCACUCAUUAUUCAUUCUUGUAAUUCUUGAUAUCUUUUAGUUUUUAUUUUUUUCUUGUCUUUGUAACCUAAUCUUUUUUCGUUUCUUUCUGUUGUUUUUUACUUCUUUUUAAUUUUUUUCUUAUACUUCUCUUUUUGUUAUACCUUUUUGUUCAUCAUUUUUUGUUUAUUUUUUGUUUAUUUUUUCUUUGUCUUUUCUUUAUCUUUUUUUUUAUCUUUUAUUGCACUUUUGUUUUCUUAACCUUAACUUUAACUUUUUAUUUCUUUAACUCCAUUUAACUCCAUUUAACUUCAUUUAACUUUCUUUGUUUAUCUUUUGUUUAACUUCUUUUAACUUUAAUUCUUGAUAUUAUUUAAUCUUUUCCUUAUCUUUUCUUCGACUUUGAUUUUACUUUAUUUGCAACAUUUUAUCUUUUCUUUUGUAACAUUUUAUCUUUAUCUUUUAUAUCUUUAUCUUAUCUUUUUUUAUACUUUAACUUUUCUUUAACUUUUCUUUAACUUUUCUUUAACUUUUCUUUAACUUUUCUUUAACUUUUCUUUAACUUUUCUUUAACUUUUCUUUAACUUUUCUUUAACUUUUCUUUAACUUUUCUUUAACUUUUCUUUAACUUUUCUUUACUCUUUUUUAUCUUUAACUUUUUAUUUUUAAUCUUUUUUAUCUUUAACUUUUUAUUUUUAAUCUUUACCGUUUUUUUAUUCUUCUUUAUUCUUACCUUUAUCUUUUUUAAUCUUCAACUUUAUCUUUUUAAUCUAUACUUCAUCUUCUUUGAAUUUAUCAUCUUUUUUUUUCUUUGCUUUCCAUUAUUAUAUACUUCAAUUCUGGAGUUGGUAGGUUUGUACCAACUCAAUGUUUGUGUCUAGUGUAGGAUGUUUUUUAGGUUGUUUUAUAUUGACUUUUCUUGACGGAAAG